AUGCAACCGCCAGAAUCCCAUCUAGGCGGCGGCAGCGUCAGUGCUGGUGGUGGCGUCGUCGCCGCCGUGAUCCCUGCCGGGGGUCCCAACCAGGUGACCUCAUCGGAAACCGUGGGCUCGAAGCGGCAACGGAGGCCCAGCGUCCGGUUAGGCGAUAUCGGCGGCGACCAGCUCUACGAUCCCUAUUCCCGGAAGGCAACUAGCAUGAGCAAGUCGUGGAAGCAGCACCAGAACCACCACCAGGUCUCGUCGGCCGAUCAAAAGAGAGAUUCGAACAAGGGCUCCAAGACGCGGGCCCUCACGAACCUGAGCGCCGGCGGGGCCGACUAUGCCGAAACCCUAGACGAAGACAAUAAGGAAUUGAAUUUGGACAGAAUCGCCAUUGGAAGCUGGAGAGUCAAGGAGGCGAAAAAGCGAGCCCCUAGUGCCCCCGUGAAGCGCGUUAGAUCCAGUUGGGUCACCAAGAUUGACGAAACCGGAGACGGCGGCGGAGGACUUGGAGUCGGAGUCGGAGUCGGUGGUAACAACAAUGUGGAAGGGGAUGGGAAAUACAGCGCUGGAGAAGACAUGGACGAUUACGAUGAUGCUGAGAAUUCAGACGCUCCUUCGAAAGAACAGAGCCCAGUUCAUUCUCUUGAGAAUUUGGGGGAUGGGAACGAGAGAAAUGAGAGGGAAACGUACUACAACGACAAAAGGGCAACGAGAACAAGGAGUGGGAACCAUAUACAGCAUCAGCAUCAGGAUGGAGUAGAAUUGUUAUCAGGGCCAUCUGAAACAGACACCAGAGGAGGGGUAGGGUAUAGGGACAAUGAGAUGUGUGAUGCUGGGGAAGACGGGGUCAGGAUUUGGCUGAAUAACUUGGGUUUGGGGCGGUAUGCUCCUGUGUUUGAAAUCCAUGAGGUGGACGAUGAAGUACUGCCUAUGUUGACGUUGGAGGAUUUGAAGGAUAUGGGGAUUAAUGCCGUUGGGUCGAGAAGGAAGAUGUUCUCCGCAAUUCAGAAGCUCAGUAAAGGGUUCUCGUGA